AAAAAAAAAUCGGGGAUUAUCGAGAAGGCUGAAGAACACUUUCAAUGUUGUGGAGCUGUUUGAACUAAAAACUGUUUCAAGGUUCAAACUUCUAUUUCUUAGUUUUUAUCACCCCCCCCUCCCCCGCCGGUGUGUCUUUAAGUGAAAAGUGUGUUAGCUUUAGCAUAAUGUCAACAGCUGCAGCACCCGGAGGAUCAGAAGGAGCACAGCCCAAGAAACGUUUUCAGAACUGCUGGAGCUGUCGGAUCCUCUGCGGCAGUGGGGUCUUGGCGUCCGGGGUUUAUGUGUACCAACAGGCCCGGAAAACGCUUCGUUUGGGCAGACCGACCUCUAUGGGCACCGUGGCGCAGAUCACAUUCGCUGCAAGUUUGGCUGCACUUGGGGCAGUGAUCAUCUUUGACCCAGUUGGAGAUGUAAAGAAGACAUGAAGACUGGAAAUACACAAACUGAUCACAGACUUCAGGUUCCAAACAGGACAAAGAUUUUUUUUUUUUUUUUAAGUACAUCUUGAGCCAAAGACGUCUGAAUGUCGAUCAAAUUAAAAGUACUGGUUAAAACUUCUACCAGUUGUUUCAUCUACUGCUAUUAAUGAACAAAACAACAAAUUACUGU